AUGCCGCGCUUCGCAACGCGCUCUCUCCUGGCGCUAGUCGCUGCCUCUGUCGCACUCUGUGCUCCCGAGCCUCAACUAGACGGUCUCAGCUUCACCUCCGACGGCAACAGCGGUCUCCCAGGCGGCGCCAACAUGCUCAUCCCCGUCGUUCAGAACCUCGCCGACGCGGACAGCGCCACUUCAGCGGUCCCGGACCUCAACCUCUCUGCGGAUACGCCAUAUGGAGAUGGCCUGACCGAUAACCUCCCGAGCAGUGCGGCGCUCCAGGAUGGUCUUGCCGCCCGCCCGAACAACGUCAUUAGCGACCUGGAGGACCCUUAUCCCCUCGAUGACGAGACCCAAAGGGGACCCCGCGCACAUUCGAAGCGCCAGACGCGCCCCCCGCCAUCAUCACAAGGGCGCCCUUCGAACCGCCCGCCUACCCGCCAAGGUCCUACUCCGCCAACAGCGCCCGAAGACAGGAACCACGUUCCUCUGCAGGAGCUUCAGCUUUCCGAGUUCGUUACCUGCCUGUCCCAGGCUGGCUCCAGCGUUCAGCAACGCGCUGUCGACGUUCUCAAGCGCGCUAACGAGGGCGCCGCCGCCUUUCACGAGCUUCCCUGCUCCAACGCCCUCCCCAGUCAGGCCAGCGACGUUCUCUUCGGCAGCUUCACCAAACGUACCACAGUCUCACACGAAGACGUUGAAGCUGGUCUGGCAGAGCUCCAGGGUCUUGUUGCGACGCUCUCAGCUAUGGGUACCCAGGCGCAAGGACUCGCGAGCGGCAACACCAAGCGCGCUUCCUUCGGCGACGCCCUUCGUCAUUAUCGCGGCGAUGGCGAGAGCCAGUACAGCUCUCAUCAUGGCCACUACGACCACAACAAGCAUCACGGGCAUGGCGGUGACGGAAACAUGGGCGAUUAUGGCUACGAGCGCCGGCAGUUCCAGGACACCGAACUCCCUGCCGCUCUGGACUCGGACAAUCUCAAGGAGACUAUCCGCGCGGCCGCCAGUCAGUCUGCGACGUCCGGUACCGUGCGGCCCACUUCAAAGCCCACCAACGACAAGCUUCUUGGUAUUGUCAAGCGCGACGAGUCAUCCGGCCAUGAACGUCGCCAAGCACCUGCUGCUGCCUCUGCAACGUCUAUAAUGCCAGUAUCGAGCGCGUCUCCCAACGCGACGUACAACAGCACCAACCCUGACCCGAACAGCAUCGAGGCGAUUGUCAAGGGCGUUGGCUCGCCUGUAACGAGUGGUCUUAGCAGCGGUGGCGGCUUUGGUGGCGACGCAGAGAAGCGCGACGCUGAGCUUCAGUCCAGGCAGGUGGGCGGGCUCCCGCAGGACUUCGACCCCUUCAACGGCGGUUCUCCCAUCAACGGCGAUGAGCUCUCUGCCAGUGCCGCCUCGGGAAGCUCUACCUCUACGCCCACUGGCAGCAACGGUCUCGUCGGUGGCUUGGUCGAUACCGUUCAAGGCCUGGUCGGGACGGUCGACGGCGUUGUGAGCAUCGUUCGCAAACGCGCUCUUGGCACCCUCAAGGCGCUCCAGCAGCUCUCUGGACCCGUCGCAUCGUCUGUCGCCAACGCGGGUCACAAACGCGAUGAGGACCUCGAUCGCCGCCAGCGCGGUGCCGCUCCUGCUUCUCCCAACCGUAGGCCGGCUCCAGCCAACCGCCCUGAUGCCAGCCCUGCAGCCGCCAGCCCUGCGCCGUCGGCCAGCACCUCAGCAGGCGUUGCCAACUCGCUCACCAACCUCCUUACGACGGUGUCCAAAGCUAGCUCAGGCAACACGAAGCGCUCGAUCCACGACAACGGCCGGCAUGCGGUCAUCGAUCCCGUCCUCGGGACUGGCCAGAUGCAGGCGCGCGACAGCAGCGCGAACGCGAACGCCGCGGAGCGCGAGGCUGUUGACGCUGUCCAUAACGUCAACUCUGGCGCGCGUCUUGUCGAGGGCAACGCAUCAGACGACUCGCAAGAUCUUCGACUCCACCUCGACAGCUUGAGCGACGUCGCUACCACGCUCUUGCACCCUUACCCGACGUCUACCUCUACGGCGGGCGUGUCCAUCCAGACGCUUGACGGGUCCGCGAACAAGCCCUCGCCUCGCGCGCUCAUCGAUACGGGCAAGAUCUCCAACCAGCUCGCGGGCGUCACGGCUGGACCUGGCAAGAAGGCGCCGCGGGCGCUCAUCGACACCGGCAAGAUCUCGAACCAGCUGAACGGGUUGACCGGGAAGCUCAAGCGCGACGUCGGGCUGACGUUCGCGGAGAACGAACGUCGUAGCCCUCUUCCCCCCAGCCGCAUGGACUCGCGUGCGGAGGAUGUUCAUACGACGGCCGCCGAGGAUGCCAUGUAG